AUGUCCCAAAGAAAGCUUCAGCAGGAAAUAGACCGGGUCUUCAAGAAGGUCAAGGAAGGCCUUGAAGCUUUCGACUACGUGUACGACAAGCUACAGGCAUGCGAGAACCAAUCGCAGAAAGAAAAGCUGGAGAGUGAUCUCAAGAAGGAAAUUAAGAAACUGCAACGAUCCCGAGACCAGAUCAAAAACUGGAUGGGUGGUAAUGAAGUAAAGGACAAGAAGGCGCUUGUUGAGCACAGGAAGCUCAUUGAACAUGAGAUGGAGAGGUUCAAGGAGGUGGAAAAGAUCAUGAAGACGAAGGCGUUCAGCAAAGAAGGACUGAACAACAACAAAAUAGAUCCAAGAGAGAAGGAGAAACUUGAAUGCGCUGCGUUUGUUCAGACGAUGAUUGAAGAACUGGAAAGGCAAACCGAAGCUUUGGAGGCUCAAGUAGACCAGAUCCAAGCCACGAUGAAGAAGGGGAAACGUGCUGAUAAUUCGAAACAGGAACAGAUCAAGGAGUUUCAGGAUGUUCUCGAGCGUCACAAUUGGCACCAGGAAAGACUGGAGACAAUUCUGAGAUUGCUGGAGAACGGCAACUUGGAGGCGGACCAGAUUCAGACGAUAGAAGAGGAUAUCAGAUACUACGUGGAAAACAAUCAAGAUGCCGAUUUUGCUGAAGAUGACGAGAUCUAUGACGAACUGGGAUUAGACGAGAUCGACGACAGUUUCAGGAUCGCUGCGAUUGGCCAUGAAGAGGAUGAUCUGGAAGAAGAUUCGGCGUUGAGUACGACAAUGUCUGGCGUUGCUUCUGCCCCAACUGCUUCGGUAUCUACCCCAACCAUGUCGGCAACAAGUUCCAGGAAAGCCUCGGUGGUUGGAAUCGCUCCAAUGGCAUCUGUUGCCAUUCCUCCAAUUUCCUCAGUUCCAGCCCCGGCCGUUGCUACGCAAAGUCCGCUGAUAAAAUCGGCCCAGACAGCAGUAGCUUCUGUUGCUCCUUCUAUUAUAGGCCUGAAACCUGCAGCAACUCCCUUGGGAACCCCAAAGAUGAAAUAUGCCACUGCGGCAACUGUCAACAGCGGAGUGUCGUCUUCUCCCGUGCCUCCGCCCGGUCUCUACAGAACAUCCACAAAUCUGAGCUCGAGCUCCCAGGCCGUGCCACAGCCACAAUCUGUCAAGGAAGUUUCGAGAGCGAACACCAUGUCCCCCAUGUCUCCGGAGAGGGGAAAUGCAAAUCUGAAGCUGGAAGAAUUGACUGCGGAACUCGAAAUCGCAAAGAAACGUGCACUGACACCUGCUCCUCUGGAGUCUAUAUUUCAGUCGCUGGAGUCUUCUCUGCUGAACUGCCCGGAUUCGUAUGACUCUGACAGGCCAAGGAAGUACCAACCUCUUAAUCCACGUCCAACGCCUAUUUUCUACCCACAGGAACCCUCAAUCGAGGUUGUCAACUCGUCAAAGAUUCUGCAGAAGUUUGAGACUGAUACCUUGUUCUACUGUUUCUACUAUCACAGCAGAGGUAAGGCCAACGGAUUGGGCUCUUCUAGCGCAGACGAUUAUCUCCAGAUGAACGCUGCCAGCGAGCUCGUGAGAAGAGGCUGGAAGUACCAUCCGGAGUUGAGAACGUGGUUCCAGGAGGAUGCCACCAGUCAUAACGAGUGGAAGCUCUUUGAUUUCAAGGAUACUUGGGCCCAACGCCAGAACGAAAACGUGCCUUUUGAGCAGUCUUCGUUGCUGACGUCGUUCUGGUGA